GCCAGCAGACGCUAAACUAUCUGCUUAUCAUGGAUUUAUGUCAUUUGACAAUUUCACAUCUCUUUUUUUGCUAAGACCAAGAUCUUGCGAGUCUGAUUUGGAGUAAAACCAAAGAGGGUGAGUUCAGCAGUUAAGAUACCGGACUGGUGAGCAGAAGGUUGCUGGUUCACCACCUAGUUGCCAAUGUUGGACCCCUGAGCAAGGCACCUAACCUACAACUGCUUGCACUGUAAUCAGUCACAAUUUGAAAGUAUGACCACUGGCCUUGAGGGAAGCAAGCCCUAGCAGUUUCUUAGAUGUCUGGUUCUUUUCUGACUUCUUGGAUGAGUUGUCAUUGCACUCUUGGAGAGAUUUUGCGCAGUGAAUUUGUCUUCUGCUGCUGAGGGAUAUCCGAUUGCAUCCGAGGAGAGCACGUCUCUGGACACGCCUCUUCAGACACGAGCACAGCCCUCCUCUUCUUGCCCUUGCAUUCUGCACAGGCAUCUCUUCAGCCAAUCAGGGUCUUUACACAGCGUAUGAAGAUCCCACCCCACACAUAGUCCGGUUCCCACCCUGCAGAUACGGUGGCCAAUUAGUAUCUGCUGCAGGCCCUGCCAAUUAUGCCAGCAAGAUGGCGCCCAGCCGACCGGUGGCAAUGUCGAGUUUCGAACAGAGGAGUUUAGAAACUCGGCUCUGGCGUGCUAGCGGAAUAUCCCGCUGCACCACCUGGGCGCCUUCUGUCUGUCUGUUCGGCUGAACAUGCUAGCCCACUAACACUGAGAUCCAAGGUUUGAAUUUCUGCUUUGCCAUUAGCAAGCCACUGGAUUUAUACACAGACAAGAUCUGAUGGGGAUGAAGGUCUGAUGGGGAGAUGGCCAUUGCAAGGCUGAGGGGACAAAACAGAGGAAGAGGUAGGAGAGUCCAUGCCCAUAGGUUUGUCCCAGAUGAAAUAAGGGCAACAAUUGUGGACCAUGUUUUAAAUCAUGGCCUUACAAUGGCUGAAGCUGGUCACCGGGUGCAGCCGAAUAUUGGAAGAACAACUGUGUCUUCAAUCGUUCAAACGUUUCGUAGAGAAAACAGGACUGCAAGACUAGCUCAUAGGGGUGGCAGAGGUCCCAUUUUCACACCUCAACAAGAGGAGGCUAUAUGUGCUAUGGUCAUAGCAAAUAAUGCCAUAAGGCUGAGGGAGAUCCAGCAAGCCAUUACACAGGACAACAAUGUUUUUCAAAAUAUGUAAGCAUCUCCACCAUUGACCGGGUUCUGAAAUGACACCAGAUGAGCAUGAGACAGCUGUACAAAGUUCCAUUUCAAAGAAAUGGUAACAGGGUGAAAGAGCUACGGUACCAGUAUGUACAGCGUAUCAUGGAGCUGGAAUCAAGAGAACCACUCCACACUUUUAUAUACCUGAAUGAGGCUGGCUUCAACCUUGCAAAAUGCAGAAGGUAUGGUCGAAACAUCAUUGGCCGAAGGGCUACCAUUGAUGUGCCAGGCCAACGGGGAGGAAACAUCACAAUGUGUGCUGCUAUGUCAGAGAAUGGCGUGCUUACACAUAUUCCCAUUAUAGGGCCCUAUAACACACAGCAUCUCGUCACAUUCUUGGACACCCUCUACAGGGAUCUCAUCCCUGAUAAUGAGAGAGGUGUGAUGUAAGAGGAUUUGCCCAAAUAUGUGGUCAUUUGGGAUAAUGUGAGUUUUCACCACUCUAACACCAUCAGGCAAUGGUUUGCCAUUCAUCAUAGAAUGCUGUUGGAAUUCCUCCCACCCUACUCCCUAUUCCUGAAUCCAACUGAGGAGUUCUUCUCAGCCUGGAGAUGGAAGGUGUACGAUCACCAGUCGUACACCCAGAUGAACCUGCUGACUGCCAUGGAUGCAGCUUGUGAGGAUAUCACAGCAGAUGCCUGCAGAGGCUGGAUGAGGCACUCCAGGAGAUUCUUUCCACGCUGCAUUGCAAGGGAAGAUAUCCAGUGUGACGUGGAUGAAAACAUGUGGCCCAACAGAGAGGAGCGUCAGGAUGUAUAGAAAAGAGAGCACUACAAUUCCUUAAGUUGUUGUCUCUGAGAGUGAAAAAUGUGUCUGUUUUUAUUUAAGUGCCUACUGCGCAUGCGGGAUAGACCUAAGUUACGUUUGGGGAGCAGUAGAAGCUCCCGGUGUAUAUUCAAUAAAGAUUGGGGCUGUGUUAACAAAAUGCCUGAGGAUUUGGAGUGAUUAAUUAUAGCGGUGAACGCCACAUGGUGUCAGAAGAAAAACUUAUAACGCUAGUGAGCUGGAGACGAAGUUGGACGUGUGUUUGAGGAGACCGACGCGCGGAUUGCAAUGGCGAAGUUUAUACCGCCGGAGCAGUUUGAUUUCUCCAAGCCAGAAGCAUGGCCGGACUGGAAACAGAGAUUUGCCAGGUAUCGAAUUGCUUCACGGCUUACGGAGGACGAGGAAACAGAAUGCUCUGAUUUAUUCAAUGGGAGCGGAGGCCGAGCACAUAUUCAAGUCGUUCACGUUUGGUAGCGCGGGAGACGGCGAUAAAUACGCCAAGGUCAUGGCCAAAUUUGACGAACAUUUUAUCCCGAAACGCAACGUUAUCUUUGAGCGUGCAAAGUUUCACUCAAGAGUUCAACUUCCCGGUGAAAGUGUGGAAGCAUUCGUCAGGCAGCUGUAUGAGCUAGCCGAAAAUUGUGAGUUUGGGGCACAAAAAGACGAGCAGAUGCGAGACCGCUUAGUGAUUGGCAUCCGUGACAGGCAAGUUUCACAAAAACUGCAAAUGAAAAGUGAUCUAACGCUGCGGACUGCCAUUGAAAUGGCCAGGCAUUGUGAGCUAAUACAAUCACAGAACACAGAAGGUGGGAAAGGCCCGGAGCAUGUGGAUAACAUAAAAUCAGUCAGAAAGACAGAACAAAAAAGAACAGGCAUGUCGGCUAAAAUAAACAAAAAGACAAUAAGAGGAGCAUGCACAAGAUGUGGGCGAAAUCAUGCUGACAGGGAGCAGUGUCCUGCAAAAGGAAAAAAAUGCCUGAAGUGUAACAAAACUGGACACUUUGCUUCAGUGUGUUAUUCAAAGACAGCUGUGCGGGAGAUAACUGAAGCUGAUGAGGAUGACACUAUGUUCUUAGGAUCAGUUGAGCUAAAACAAAGCAAAGAUGCAUUGUUAGCAGAAGAUGAGCCACCUUGGCGUACCACUUUAACUUUAGGGGAUACGCCAGUCUCAUUCAAAAUUGACUCCGGCGCCGACACUUCAGUAAUGUCCGAGGCCACCUAUGAAACAUUACGGAGCAAGCCCAAACUCAGUGCUGUAAAGAACACUAUACAGAGUCCUGGUGGCGUCGUGGCCACAAGAGGGCAGUUUUUAGCCAAAAUUAAAGCUCGUGUCAAUGGCCAACUCCAAAACUGCUGCUUUCGGGUAGUAGUGGUUAAGACCAAUGGAGAAAACCUCCUUAGCCGAACAGUGGCAACAAAACUGGGCUUAAUUAAGCGCAUUGAUGAGAUCAGUACAUUUAGUGGCCUGGGCACAUUAAAAGGAGAACCAGUGAAAAUCACUCUGAAAGAUGGUGCACAGCCAUACAGUAUAGCUACGCCACGUCGGGUUCCCAUCCCCCUACUCCCCAAAGUUGAAGAGGAGCUAAAGAGAAUGGAGGCAAUGGGCAUAAUAGAGGAAGUGACUGAGCCAACUGAAUGGUGCGCGCCCAUGGUACCAGUAAUGAAAAAGAAUGGAAAAAUAAGAGUUUGCGUAGAUUUGAAAAGACUUAACGAGAAUGUGAAACGUGAGAAGUUCAUUUUGCCUACCUUGGAUGAUAUAUUGCCCAAGCUAGCAAAGGGUACUGUGUUCUCCAGCUUGGAUGCCGAGAGCGGAUUUUGGCAAAUCACUCUAGAAGAAAACAGUGCUCGUCUGACCACCUUUAUUACACCCCUAGGAAGGUACUGUUUCAAGAGGCUGCCCUUUGGUAUCACCUCGGCUCCUGAAAUUUUUCAAAGGAAGAUGUCGGAGCUGCUGCGUGGGCAUGACGGGACAGUCGUCUUUAUGGACGAUAUUUUAGUGACUGGAGAAACGCAGGAAAUUCACGACCAGAGACUAAAGCAGGUCAUGGAGACCAUAAAAGCUGCAGGCCUGAGGCUCAACAAGGAUAAAUGUCGGCUCAGUCAGCCAGAACUGAACUUUCUAGGACAGGUUGUGACCAAAGAUGGUAUAACCCCCAACCCAGAGAGGGUUAAAGCCAUAACAGCAAUGGAACCACCCCAGAACGUGAGUGAGUUGAGACGGCUGCUUGGAAUGGUGAACUACAUUGGGCGUUAUUUACCAAACCUCUCCACCGUGCUGCAAUCGCUCAAUGAACUGCUCAAGUCUGAGCGUGAUUGGUGUUGGGGACCUCUGCAAGAUAGAGCAUUCACAGAAGUGAAACAGCUCAUUUCGUCAGCACCCGUCUUAGGGUUCUUUGAUCCAGCAAAGCCAACUGUCGUUAGCGCAGAUGCUAGCAGUUAUGGGCUUGGAGGAGUACUCUUGCAGAGCCAUGAUGGAGCACUGAAGCCUGUUGCGUUUUGCUCGCGUACUUUGACUAAAGCCGAAAAGAGAUACGCGCAGAUUGAAAAAGAGUGCCUCGCAGGAGUGUGGGCCUCUGAGCGUUUCUACCAGUAUCUUUGUGGUUUAGAGAGUUACAGGCUGCUCACAGACCACAAGCCACUGGUAACUCUCAUCAACUCAAAAGACCUUGACACCACACCUAUACGAUGUCAGCGCCUGCUCAUCAGGUUAAUGAAGUUUAAUCCAGUCGCAGAAUAUGUUCCCGGCAAACACCUAGUCGUCGCCGAUGCCCUGUCUAGGCAACCCUUGGGAGACACCGCUCCAGCUGACCUAGAAGCAGAGGUGAAAGCAUACGUGGAUUCAGUGGAGGAUGACCACAGAGUAAGGAAGCCAACCAUUGAACAGAUAAAAGACGAAACAAGAAAAGAUGGUGAACUCCAGUGUGCCCUCAAGUAUGUCCACAAUGGAUGGCCGGAACACCUGAAGAGCAUCGCUGUGCAAGCGCACGCAUACUUCAAAGAUCGUGGUUCACUCAGUGAGGCCAAUGGAUUGCUGCGACGUGGCAAACAAAUAGUGAUCCCUAAAAGUAUGCGAGAACAUAUGUUGCAGAAGAUUCAUGAGGGCCAUCAAGGCCUUACCAAGUGCCGAGAGCGAUAUAGGGGUGCUGUGUGGUGGCCUGGCAUCGCUGGAAAGGUGAAAAAUCUUGUGUUGUCAUGUGAACAUUGCAAAAUCCACAGGCCAAGCCAGCACAGAGAACCAUUGAUUACCACACCGUUGCCAGAUCUCCCAUGGCAAAAGCUAGCUGCCGACCUGUGUGAACACAAAGGUCAUCAUUACUUAAUUGUGAUAGACUACUUCUCCAGAUGGCUCGAGAUUUUAAAUCUGCCAAAGACAAAUUCGGACACUGUCAUACAGAAGCUGAAAAGCAUCUUCACACGCUUUGGAACUCCAGAGGAGCUUAUGACAGAUAACGGCCCUCAAUUCUCAGCCGAUCAGUUCAGACGUUUCGCAGCUGAGUACAACUUUCAACACGUCACGUCAAGCCCUCAUUUUCCCCAGUCAAACGGCGCGGCUGAACGAGCUGUAAAGACUGCAAAGUGGAUCUUAAAGCAAGCCGACCCUCACCUAGCUCUUCUGAGUUAUCGCUCAACCCCAACAGAGCCAACGAGGGAAAGCCCCGCCAAGUUGUUGAUGGGUCGAGAAAUUCGCACAACGCUCCCAGUUCUGAAAGAGAGACUGCAGCCAAUGUGGCCUAAUCUAGAGACUGUUAGAGCAAAUGAUGCGAAAGCAAAACUGAGCUACGAAAAGUACUACAACCGCAUGUACUCUACCCAACCUCUUCCACCACUGACCAUAGGUGAUAAAGUUAGACUAAAGAUUGAUGGGGAAAAGGCUUGGACAACUACAGCGACUGUGCAACGCCGGGAAACUGCGCCACGCUCUUUUACACUGGAGACUGAGCGAGGCGACACACCCCGGAGGAACCGGCGCCACAUCCAGCUGGUGAACCAGGAGUCGUCCUCACCUCCAAAGAUGGAAACUUCUCCACCGAACGAUCAGCAUGUGCAGAGUGUGCCAGCAAGGCAGGACUUUAGCGCCACUAGAGCUUAUGUUCCUGCUGAUACCCCUGGACCCCCUCAACUCUCUGCUCAAGUCGUCACCAGGUUUGGGAGGACUGUUAAACCUAACCACAAGUAUGCUAGUUAGAUGAGAUGGUGGACUUAAAGGGCAGAAUAACCCCUGUCCCAUCUCAAGGGAUUGUGGUAGUCCACCCACACCCUUAGUCAGUUACUUGUUUGUGUGUUAAAAAAAAAAAAAAAAAAAGAAUACAUUGUAAGGUAUGGAAAAGACACACUGGGACAGUUUUUUUUUGUGUUGUUGCUCGAGACGUAGUAGAUUCUGUUCGACGAGUAAUACCUAACGGACGCAGGUAGUGUUUGGACUUUAAAGGGUUGAUGUUGUUUUGUAUACCCAUACUAACAAAAAAAAAAAAAGAGAAAGGGGGGAGAUGUCACGGAGAGUGAAAAAUGUGUCUGUUUUUAUUUAAGUGCCUACUGCGCAUGCGGGAUAGACCUAAGUUACGUUUGGGGAGCAGUAGAAGCUCCCGGUGUAUAUUCAAUAAAGAUUGGGGCUGUGUUAACAAAA